ACAUGAAGAACGUCUGAGUCCAAACUCACAGCAGAUCAGCAUCACAUAUACUGCAUAUAUAUAUAAGUCACCAUGACUGAGAGCUAUCACACAGAUUUGACGGCGGAGGAGCAGAUGGAGAUCGAGCAGCUGAAGAUGCACAAGCAGAUCCUGCUGGAGGACAUUGAAAAACUAAAGAACCAGAUUGAAAACGUCAUGACAGAUAUCCAGGAUUUCAAAUCAGCAGAAGACAAUAAGAUGCUGGAGAGGGAGAAACGCUUCUGUAGCGGCAAGAAGAAAUUCAACAUGCAUCCUAAAAAGGGAAUCAAGUAUCUGGUGGAUAAUGAGCUUCUGGAUUGGAAACCAGAGCCAGUGGCUGAGUUUCUGUAUAAAGAGGAAGGACUGAAUAAGACCGCCAUCGGAGACUUCCUAGGAGAGAGGGAGGACAUGCACCUGCAGAUUCUCAAAGCGUUCGUGGAGCUGCACGAGUUUUCAGAUCUUAACCUGGUUCAGGCGUUACGACAGUUCUUGUGGAGUUUCCGUCUGCCGGGUGAAGCUCAGAAGAUCGACCGCAUGAUGGAGGCCUUCGCCACACGCUACUGUAACUGCAACGCCAACGUCUUCCAGUCCACAGACACGUGUUAUAUCCUGUCAUUUGCCAUCAUCAUGUUGAACACGAGUCUGCACAAUCCCAACGUGAAGGACAAGACCUCGCUCGAGAGAUUCAUCAGCAUGAACCGCGGCAUUAACAACGGACAAGAUCUGCCCGACGACCUUCUGACGAAUCUGUACAACAGCAUACGCAACGAACCCUUCAAAAUCCCAGAGGAUGAUGGGAACGAUCUGACGCACACCUUCUUCAACCCGGACCGAGAGGGCUGGCUGCUCAAACUGGGCGGCCGUGUGAAGACGUGGAAGAGACGCUGGUUCAUUCUGACUGAUAACUGCCUGUAUUAUUUUGAAUUUACCACGGACAAAGAGCCGCGUGGCAUCAUUCCUCUGGAGAAUCUGUGUGUGAGGGAAGUCAUGUUUCCACGCAAACCGUAUUGUUUGGAGCUGUAUAACCCCAACAGCCGGGGUCAGAAGAUCAAGGCGUGUAAGACAGAGACGGAUGGACGUGUGGUGGAAGGGAAGCAUCAGUCGUACACCAUCUGCGCCGCUUCAGCCGAGGAAAGAGACGACUGGAUCGAAUCCAUCAGGGCCAGCAUCACUAAAGACCCCUUCUAUGAUCUAGUGUCCACCCGCAAAAAGAAAGUCAUCAACAAAGUGGCAGAGAAAUGACGAAACGACUGAACUACAACCACAAACGGACAGAACUAUAAGAGAGCACUGCUUAUUUAUUAAAGCUCAAGAGAUCAGCUCUGUCUCAGACGUUUCUCCUGAAAGUCCUUAGACAUACAGAUUCAAAUGAGUCAAUAGUUGUGAGUAUAGACCAAUGAAAUGAAUGUGAAGCAGCUCUGAUCAUUUGAAGAGAAUGCUGAGUUCAUAUUGAGAUCAUUUGAGACAUUGCUGAGAUCUUUUCUGAAAGAAUCUUUUCACUGCCUGUUGAUUUUAACGUCGUUUCUCAGAGGUUUCUCUCUCUAGCUCAGGAAAUGUAAGAAGUAUCAACUUGGUCUCAGAUGUUGCUCCUGAAAUUCAUCAGGAAAAGUAAAAAUAGGGCCAAAUGAGUCACUAGUUCUCAUCCAGCAAGACAUUAUUUGAUGAGACAUUAUUGGGAUGUUUUCUGAAACUCUAGAAAGACACAUGUGAGAUUACUGGUGUCUUUUUUGGAAGUGAAUGUUCAUUUGACCUCAUGAAGAGACAGAUUGUGUUCAUGUUUAACAUGCGAAUGCAUCCAUUCCAGAAAGCGGCAGUGAUGUGUGACGCUCCAGAGAUUCCCCUUAAACACAUUCAGGACAAACACAGUGACUUUGAUUUCUU